AUGGUCGGCUCGACAGCUCAAAAGUCCAAUGAGGAGCGCAGGGCUGCUCAAGGAAUCGAGAAAUUCGAGGACAUCCAGAUUCCGUUGUCCGAUGGGACAAUAUUGCUCGGGGAUCUUUAUCGUCCUGCAGGCCCCGGUCAGCACCCAGUCAUUGUUCGAAUGAGUGUAUAUGGCAGAGCCUUCGAAUGCGGCUGCAUUGUUGAUGAUGCAUCCAGAUUAGCCAGUGAGGAGCGUGAAGACGCUUGGUUCAAACGUGCCGAGACCACUGGCACACUCCUGGACCCUCCUCCGGCAUUUUACGAGACGAUGGUCUCGGCCAAUACAUCUGACUGGGUCCCUCGAGGUUACAUUUGCUUGCGGGUAGAUUCAAGGGGCCUAGGGAAAAUGCCGGGUGUGGUCAAUCCGCUGUCAUCCCAGAAGUCUCCUAAAAGACUCUUCGCUUUGGCAAAAUACACAGCAGCGAGCUCGAGCGGCAGAUGGUCCGGGCUGCAAUAUGUCACUGGCUCUGGAGGUUGA